CUUAGCGCUAUGGCGGAGGCGCCAGGCGCGCCGGAGGAGUGUCCCGGGACCGGCAGCGCCCAGGCGGGAAGGGCGGCCGCCUGCCAGGGAUGCCCCAACCAAGGGCUGUGCGCGGCCGGCGCCGGCGGGCCGGACCCGGGUGAGUGCCGCGGCCGUGAGGGGACGGCUCGCAGGGCGCGGUGCGGGCUCACCGGCGGCGCGGUGCGGGCUCACCGACGGCGCGGUGUCUCCGCAGUGGAGGCGGCGGAGCUGCGAGCGCGGCUGCGGGCGGUGCGGCACACGGUGUUGGUGCUGUCCGGCAAGGGCGGCGUGGGCAAGAGCACCUUCAGCGCCCUCCUGGCGCACGGGCUGGCGGCGGACGAGACCAAGCAGGUUGGCUGGUUUGUUUUCCAGGUUGCUCUGCUGGACAUAGAUAUCUGUGGGCCAUCGAUUCCUAAAAUGAUGGGUCUAGAAGGAGAACAGGUCCAUCAGAGUGGAUCUGGGUGGUCUCCAGUGUAUGUUGAAGAAAACUUAGGUGUUAUGUCAGUGGGGUUCUUGCUCAGUAGUCCUGAUGAUGCUGUCAUCUGGAGAGGACCAAAAAAGAAUGGGCUGAUCAAGCAGUUUCUGCGAGAUGUGGACUGGGGUGAAGUGGAUUACCUGAUCGUGGACACGCCCCCAGGAACAUCAGAUGAGCACCUGUCCAUCGUGCAGUACCUCAGUGCCACCCACAUUGACGGUGCCGUCAUCGUCACCACCCCCCAGGAAGUGUCACUUCAGGAUGUUCGGAAGGAGAUCAAUUUCUGCCGCAAAGUGAAGCUGCCCAUCAUUGGUGUUGUGGAGAACAUGAGUGGCUUUGUGUGCCCCAAGUGUAAGAAUGAAUCUCAGAUCUUUCCCCCAACUACUGGUGGUGCAGAGAAGAUGUGCCAGAACUUAAGUGUUUCUCUCCUGGGUAAAGUGCCUCUGGAUCCACAGAUAGGAAAGAGUUGUGACAGAGGCCAGUCUUUCUUGGCUGAAGCACCUGAGUCUCCAGCUACGUUAUCUUACAGGAGUAUCAUUCAAAGAAUUCAGGAGUACUGUGAACAGCACCAUUUGCAAGAAGAAAAGAUAAUGUAAUCUGUAAAUGGAACAAAAAUGUAGUUCAUGUUUAGUUAUAGCAAAGUAACUUAUGCCUUGAUUUAUAAAAGGAAUUAAUUCUUUUUGUAUAUUGCAAAUAAAUUCUUAAUAUAAAGGCUCUUGCCUUUGUUUUUUCCAAAAGUUCAAGAUUCUUACAGUUCCUCCUUCACUAGAAUGCUGUGAAAGUGAGUCUGCAUCUGGAGUAUCAAGUGCAUUCUGCCUCCAGUGUGAUGGUAGCAAUAACCUGACUGUGAAGGUAGCAGUUGAAGAGGUGAGAAUAUGGCACACAUUUUAUUUAGAAGUAUGAAAUACAAAUAUGAAUAUAAAAUAUGCUGUGUUGAUACUGGGGCAUGCGUAGCAGCCUUUGUUCUGCCUGCUGCAAAAGGGUGAGCUGUAAUGCCCAUUCUCUCUCCCUAAAUAACAUAAUUAAAGUGUCUCCUUUCAGUGGAGAUGAUCUGUAUCUAGAGUGAAAACUGGGGUAGUGCACUGAUUUAUUUAUUUUAUUUAAUCAGUGCAUUGAUUUAUUUAUUUUUUUACAAGUAUCAAAAUAAGAUUAAAUUUUUAACUACACAUACUGCCAGCUUCACAGAAGUAGUGGAUGAACAUGGUUUAUUACUUUUGUUUUCUUCUAUUUGAUCCUAAGGCUGAACAUUAAAAAAAUAAAUAUUCAGUAUUUUUAAUAACUAAGAGGCCCUUUGGGAUUGUGGUUUGAAAGCUUUGAAAAAUCAGUAUUUUGUACAAGAGA